AUGAAUGAUCUACCUCUGGCUGAAAGUGAUAGGUCAAGACCCACAGAUCGCUGGCUGAGGAUAGGUCAAGACCAACUUCAUUUAAGCUGGGUCCAGACUCCUACAAAAAUCGAGCUGGGACUGUAUACUGUUUGCGGGUACAUGUUUAGUGACCGAGGUGUCAUUGAGCCGGACACCUCCACUCUGCGGUUGCGGUCACUUCGCCACCCAAUCACUUAUCUGGAUUAUAUUUCACAUAAUCUACUGUCUAAGCCUGCCAACAACUGUCUGUCCUGGGCUCACAGCACAGUUGUAUCAUUCCAACAUACAUUACCAGAGGUACGCAGGUCAUUCUCCACAGUGUCUGAGCCUGCCAACAACUGUCUGUCCUGGGAUCACAGCACAGUUGUAUCAUUCCAACAUACAUUACCAGAGGUACGCAGGUCAUUCCCCACAGUGUCUAAGCCUGCCAACAACUGUCUGUCCUGGGAUCACAGCACAGUUGUAUCAUUCCAACAUACAUUACCAGAGGUACGCAGGUCAUUCCCCACAGUGUCUGAGCCUGCCAACAACUGUCUGUCCUGGGCUCACAGCACAGUUGUAUCAUUCCAACAUACAUUACCAGAGGUACGCAGGCCAUUCCCCACAGUGUCUGAGCCUGCCAACAACUGUCUGUCCUGGGCUCACAGCACAGUUGUAUCAUUCCAACAUACAUUACCAGAGGUACGCUGGUCAUUCCCCACAGUGUUUGAGCCUGCCAACAACUGUCUGUCCUGGGCUCACAGCACAGUUGUAUCAUUCCAACAUACAUUACCAGAGGUACGCAGGUCAUUCCCCACAGUGUCUGAGCCUGCCAACAACUGUCUGUCCUGGGCUCACAGCACAGUUGUAUCAUUCCAACAUACAUUACCAGAGGUACGCAGGUCAUUCCCCACAGUGUCUGAGCCUGCCAACAACUGUCUGUCCUGGGCUCACAGCACAGUUGUAUCAUUCCAACAUACAUUACCAGAGGUACGCAGGUCAUUCCCCACAGUGUCUGAGCCUGCCAACAACUGUCUGUCCUGGGCUCACAGCACAGUUGUAUCAUUCCAACAUACAUUACCAGAGGUACGCAGGUCAUUCCCCACAGUGUCUGAGCCUGCCAACAACUGUCUGUCCUGGGCUCACAGCACAGUUGUAUCAUUCCAAAAUACAUUACCAGAGGUACGCAGGCCAUUCCCCACAGUGUCUGAGCCUGCCAACAACUUGUCUGAGCCUGCCAACAACUGUCUGUCCUGGGAUCACAGCACAGUUGUAUCAUUCCAACAUACAUUACCAGAGGUACGCAGGUCAUUCCCCACAGUGUCUGAGCCUGCCAACAACUGUCUGUCCUGGGCUCACAGCACAGUUGUAUCAUUCCAACAUACAUUACCAGAGGUACGCAGGUCAUUCCCCACAGUGUCUGAGCCUGCCAACAACUGUCUGUCCUGGGAUCACAGCACAGUUGUAUCAUUCCAACAUACAUUACCAGAGGUACGCAGGCCAUUCCCCACAGUGUCUGAGCCUGCCAACAACUGUCUGUCCUGGGAUCACAGCACAGUUGUAUCAUUCCAACAUACAUUACCAGAGGUACGCAGGUCAUUCCCCACAGUGUCUGAGCCUGCCAACAACUGUCUGUCCUGGGCUCACAGCACAGUUGUAUCAUUCCAACAUACAUUACCAGAGGUACGCAGGUCAUUCCCCACAGUGUCUGAGCCUGCCAACAACUGUCUGUCCUGGGCUCACAGCACAGUUGUAUCAUUCCAACAUACAUUACCAGAGGUACGCAGGCCAUUCCCCACAGUGUCUGAGCCUGCCAACAACUGUCUGUCCUGGGAUCACAGCACAGUUGUAUCAUUCCAACAUACAUUACCAGAGGUACGCAGGCCAUUCCCCACAGUGUCUGAGCCUGCCAACAACUGUCUGUCCUGGGAUCACAGCACAGUUGUAUCAUUCCAACAUACAUUACCAGAGGUACGCAGGUCAUUCCCCACAGUGUCUGAGCCUGCCAACAACUGUCUGUCCUGGGCUCACAGCACAGUUGUAUCAUUCCAACAUACAUUACCAGAGGUAUGCAGGCCAUUCCCCACAGUGUCUGAGCCUGCCAACAACUGUCUGUCCUGGGAUCACAGCACAGUUGUAUCAUUCCAACAUACAUUACCAGAGGUACGCAGGCCAUUCCCCACAGUGUCUGAGCCUGCCAACAACUGUCUGUCCUGGGAUCACAGCACAGUUGUAUCAUUCCAACAUACAUUACCAGAGGUACGCAGGCCAUUCCCCACAGUGUCUGAGCCUGCCAACAACUUGUCUGAGCCUGCCAACAACUGUCUGUCCUGGGAUCACAGCACAGUUGUAUCAUUCCAACAUACAUUACCAGAGGUACGCAGGUCAUUCCCCACAGUGUCUGAGCGCCUGCCAACAACUGUCUGUCCUGGGAUCACAGCACAGUUGUAUCAUUCCAACAUACAUUACCAGAGGUACGCAGGCCAUUCCCCACAGUGUCUGAGCCUGCCAACAACUGUCUGUCCUGGGAUCACAGCACAGUUGUAUCAUUCCAACAUACAUUACCAGAGGUACGCAGGUCAUUCUCCACAGUGUCUGAGCCUGCCAACAACUGUCUGUCCUGGGCUCACAGCACAGUUGUAUCAUUCCAACAUACAUUACCAGAGGUACCUGGGCUCACAGCACAGUUGUAUCAUUCCAACAUACAUUACCAGAGUGUCUAAGCCUGCCAACAACUGUCUGUCCUGGGCUCACAGCACAGUUUUAUCAUUCCAACAUACAUUACCAGAGGUACGCAGGUCAUUCCCCACAGUGUCUGAGCCUGCCAACAACUUGUCUGAGCCUGCCAACAACUGUCUGUCCUGGGAUCACAGCACAGUUGUAUCAUUCCAACAUACAUUACCAGAGGUACGCAGGUCAUUCUCCACAGUGUCUGAGCCUGCCAACAACUGUCUGUCCUGGGCUCACAGCACAGUUGUAUCAUUCCAACAUACAUUACCAGAGGUACGCAGGUCAUUCUCCACAGUGUCUGAGCCUGCCAACAACUGUCUGUCCUGGGAUCACAGCACAGUUGUAUCAUUCCAACAUACAUUACCAGAGGUACGCAGGCCAUUCCCCACAGUGUCUGAGCCUGCCAACAACUGUCUGUCCUGGGCUCACAGCACAGUUGUAUCAUUCCAACAUACAUUACCAGAGGUACGUUGGUCAUUCCCCACAGUGUCUAAGCCUGCCAACAACUGUCUGUCCUGGGCUCACAGCACAGUUGUAUCAUUCCAACAUACAUUACCAGAGGUACGUUGGUCAUUCCCCACAGUGUCUAAACCUGCCAACAACUGUCUGUCCUGGGAUCACAGCACAGUUGUAUCAUUCCAACAUACAUUACCAGAGGUACGUUGGUCAUUCCCCACAGUGUCUAAGCCUGCCAACAACUGUCUGUCCUGGGAUCACAGCACAGUUGUAUCAUUCCAACAUACAUUACCAGAGGUACGCAGGUCAUUCCCCACAGUGUCUGAGCCUGCCAACAACUGUCUGUCCUGGGCUCACAGCACAGUUGUAUCAUUCCAACAUACAUUACCAGAGGUACGCAGGUCAUUCCCCACAGUGUCUGAGCCUGCCAACAACUGUCUGUCCUGGGCUCACAGCACAGUUGUAUCAUUCCAACAUACAUUACCAGAGGUACGCAGGUCAUUCCCCACAGUGUCUAAGCCUGCCAACAACUGUCUGUCCUGGGCUCACAGCACAGUUACCAAAAUCAUUGAAUCGAGUCUCAGCACACGCCACACGGGUCUCUCGACCAUAGAUGCACUAGAUAAGCUUGAAGCAGUAGUACUGCAUGAAUUUGAGGCUGGAGGCUUUACUGGGGCCACCCUGUAUGACCUCAGCAAGGCUUUUGACACGGUCGACCAUCGGAUACUGCUGGAGUGUAAUUCUGUAUGGUUUGCAUCUGUGGGGCUCCGCAUCUGGGGUCGAGAGGAUCAUGCUUUUGCAAAGGAAAGCAAUAAGGAUUGUGACUGGUGCAGAUUAUCUGGACCACUGUUACAGACUUCGUGUAUCACAGACGUCGGUGUUUCGGCAGCUAACGAGCCUCUCAAAAUUCACUUUCACGGAGUCCAGUCUCCCUCCAAUAAAGCUUUUACAAAUCAGAAGUACGGGGAAGCAGAAAUUUUGAAUGGUCAGAAGGAAGAGCUGCGCCUGCUCCAGGGACUCGCCGUUAGUUCGUUUUGUUUCAGUGAACAUCGCAUCCUGUGUCUUGCUAAUUGUUACAUCACGCGAGGCUCACAGAGUCCAUUCAUGAAACAUCUAUCCGACCAGGACUAG